UUAGUAUGUCUAUGAGCUUUCUGGGCAAAAGUAGCAUUCAUUAUUGUAUAUCCGUAAACUUUGUUCAUCAACAAUCUGUUCUGAUUUUUAUAUAUGUGUAAUAAGUGUUCGUUAAUAAAAAUAUUUUUUGUUCUUUGUGUUUUAUCAAUUGCCGUUUAGAAGAUAAUGUCAUCUGAUAAUAGAGAAAUUGUUGAAGAAAUUCCGGUUCCAUCUGCCGAAAAGGAACGACGUAAAAUAUGGCAAGACAAUCCGAACUCACAGGUUCCUCGAAGCACGUAUUAUCGAUGGAAAAGUAUACAAAGACGCUGUAACUUAGAUGAAGAUAGCAGUUCUGAAACAUCAGAACCUGAUAGUGACGUUAACUCCUCCAUUCAGGGAGAAAAUGAUUCUUUCGAUGUUAGUAACUCGACUAUUAGUGAAUCUAGUACAGACAAUGAAGAAGAUGGCGAAAAAGAUCAUGAAGAGGAUAGUGAAGAAGAUAAUGACAAUCUUGACGAAAGAGAUUUGGUGGCUGAAUCUGAUGAUGAACAAAUAAUCGAAGAUAGCGAUGAUGAGCACAAUAGUACAAAUAGUUAUGAAGUUGACAGUAACAGCUCGAUAGCUAGCAUGGUCAAUGCACUGUAUGAUGGUAGUGACAUUAGCUUGACUCGAAGCAUAUUACUCCUCAUGAACUUAUAUAUUCAAAAUAAACUAACGAAAACUAGUCUUCAAGCUUUAUUGAUAUAUAUACAAGAAAUUCUUCCAAAACCUAACAAUAUGCCAAAGACAUUGCAUAAUUUAUUUAAAUUUAUUGAGAAUGAAGCCCAUUCUGCUCGUAUCAUUAAAUAUUAUUAUUGUAAGAAGUGUUUAUUCUAUAAUAAUACGAACCCUGUUUUAACAAAGUGUCCAUCUUGUUCAAGUACUGAAGGAACAUCUUUUUUUUUUGAGAUAGACUUAGUUGAACAAAUAAAGUAUUUGUUUGAAGAAAGGAAUCUAGCAAAUAAACUUCAUGUUUCUAACCAUGAACCCAAUGUUAUAACUGAUAUCACUGAUGGAUCAGAAUAUAAAAGAGUCAAUUCACAUCAGAAAAGGGGUAAAUUUGAUUUAACAUUGAUUCUCAAUACUGAUGGAAUUUCUAUUGUGAAAAGUUCUAAAAGUAACUGUUGGCCAUUGAUGUUCAUGAUAGCAGAACUUCCAGAACAUCUUCGAGAAAGUUUUAUUUGCAUCAUAGGGAUAUGGUAUGACUCCACUAAAAAACCUUUAAUGAAUACAUUCCUCCAACCAUUUUGUGAGAAGCUUAUUACGUGUUUUUAUGACGGCAUUACUUGGGUUGAUCCUGCGACAAAAGAGACUUGUACGACAAGAAUUACUGCUCCUUUAUUCAUAGCCGAUGCACCAGCUAGGGCUGAGAUUCAAAACAUUCAGUAUUUCACUGGAAAAUAUGGGUGCAAUAUAUGUGAAAUAAAAAUGAAACGUUGUCAAGUACCUGAAGGGAAAAAAAGAAUCCGAGCAUAUAUUUUUAGCGAGAAAGUCAGUAGAUUAAGGAGUGAUGAUCGAAUGACGAAACAAGCUGAAAUAGCUUUCAAAGAUAAUCUCCCACAUAAAAGAGGCGUUAAAGGAAUAUCAAUUGUUUCUGCUAUUCCUCUUCUUAAAUUAGAAACAUGUGUGCUACCUGAAUACAUGCAUUCGGUUCUCCUUGGCGUUGGAAAACAAUUUAUUAAUUUAUGGUUUCACAAAAAAGGCGUUUGGAACAUAAAACAGUUUGUCUCAGAAAUAGAUGACAAAUUGAAAGACAUUCAUCCACCAUAUUUUUUCAAUAGAAUGCCACGUAGUCUGAAAUAUCUCCCAUUUUAUAAAGCAUCAGAAUUCUAUAAUGUAGUAUUGUUUUACUCUAUUCCGAUUUUUUUUCAAUAUCUGCCUGAUCUUUAUUUUCAACAUUGGUUAUUGUUUGUGGUGGCUAUAUUUUCGUUAUUAGAAAAACCUAUUUAUAUUGACUCAGAAUUGAAGCGAGCUGAAAUUUUAUUACAACUAUUUGUCAGAGACAUUAAAGAAUUAUAUCGUGAUCGACAAUACACAUAUAAUGUGCAUCAAUUGCUACAUUUAACACUAUGUAUUGAGCGUUGGGGUCCAUUAUGGAGCACGUCAGCGUUUCCAUUCGAGAAUGUUAACGGUAUGCUUGCAAAAUGUGUACACGGCACUAAAAAUCUCGGUCAAGAAAUGGCAAAUAAUUUGAAAAUAGCACAAGGUGUACAAUCAUUAAAAAUAACAUGCGCAAGUAAGAAUAAUACUGUAGACUUUUUUUCCAAUCAAUCUCAGAAACCUGAAUUGAAAGACAAUAUAAAUAUAACGGAAUGUAAUGAUUACAGAUUAAUUGAGAUUGUGAAGACUCUAAAUUUUAAUAUUGAUAACACGCAUUUUUUUGCGAGAGCAAUAAUAAAUAAUCGUGCAUAUUCGUCAACAACUUAUAAAAAAACGCAAACAAAUAGCUAUACCGUUAAAAUAAAUCUGAAUGAUAAGAUGGUUUAUGGGGAAAUUGUAGUUUUUACCAAAAUCGAAGAAAAAUUAGGCUAUAUAGUAAGAACUUUUGAUGUAGAUUAUACGAAAAGAUUUUGUCAUCGUGAGAGUAAUACAAUUGUUCAACAUAUAUUACCAAUUAUAGAAACGAAUAAUUUUAUAAAAAUUGAUGCAGAGAAUGUUGAAUGUAUAGUUCAUGUAAUAAGAGUAUUAGAUUUCAUUUGUGAGCGUCCAAACAAUUUAAACAAAGUAAUGUGAAAAUUAAAUGUAAAUAUGGUGUAAGAUAUUUUAUAAUAACAUUUUAUUUCUAUA